AUGGCAGGCAACUUCGAUUCUUGGGAAGAUGCUGCCGCCCAGGACGACGAUCUUUCCAGGCAGACUCAGCAAAACCUGAACAUCAACGCAAACAGUUUCAGACCUGGUGCUGCUUCAUUUCAACCAGGUGCUACGUCUUUCCAACCUGGCCAACCAUAUCAGUCAAAUGGCUAUCAGCAACCCUAUGGCUAUGGUCAACAACAACAAUUCAACCAAUACUCUCAAUAUCAGCAGCAACCGACUUACAACCAAUACCCUCAAUAUCAGCAGCAGCAGCAGCAGCAGCAGCCGACCUACAACCAAAAUUACAAUAGCAGCCAAUUUGCGGCAUACAACCAGACUCCUGGCGGGUUUCAACCAAGACAGGGCGCUCCCAUCAGCAUUGCAAAGCGCCAGGAUGCUCAAGCAGCGCCAGCACAACAGCCAGCAGUCCAACAGACCCAGGCCGAGGCCCCUGCCUCGAACCCCGCUGCGCAAGCUCCUCCCUCUGCCUCAACGGCCAAACAACCUCCAGCUGCAGCACCCCCCAAGGCCAAGGUCCUCUCCAUCGGUGUCCCCACAUCCGCAUCUACCACUCCCAAAAAGCCUGCCUCACCUACAACGAAAGAACCUCCAACCAAAGAAGCGGGCUCCAAAGUAGCAGCUACAAAGGCAGUAGAGAAGACGGGGGAAAAGGUCACAGGCAAAAGUUCUCCUGGGCCGUCAUCCGGCAAGUCCUCGCCGACGCCAGGCGAGGCUAAAAAAGGUCAGACCGCAGAGGAGCUUGCUCAGGAACAGUCGGCGGAUGUCGACGCAUCGGUUCUAGAAGAAAUGUAUGGUAAAGAACAUGUCAACAUCAUUUUCAUUGGCCACGUUGAUGCCGGAAAGUCAACCCUGGGUGGCCAGGUAUUGAUCCAGACAGGCAUGGUGGACGAACGGACACUUGACAAAUACAAGCGAGAUGCAAAGGAUGCUGGUCGUGAGACUUGGUACAUUUCCUGGGUUCUCGACCUUAACAAAGAGGAAAGAGCCAAGGGAAAGACGGUCGAAGUCGGUCGUGGCUUCUUUGAAACUGAAAAACGACGCUACACCAUCCUUGAUGCUCCUGGUCACAAGACCUAUGUACCGAACAUGUUAAGCGGUGCCGCUCAAGCAGACGUCGCCAUCCUUGUUAUUUCAGCACGAAAAGGCGAAUUUGAGACCGGAUUUGAAAAGGGUGGCCAGACUCAAGAACACGCCAUGUUAAUCAAAACCACUGGCGCCAAGGAACUCGUUGUUGCUGUCAACAAAAUGGACGAUGUGACUGUUCAAUGGUCAAAGGAACGUUAUGACGAGAUCGUUGGCAAACUAAAGCCUUACCUUAAGAAGCGAAUCGGCUUAGACUCAACUUUCAUGCCCAUUUCCGCACAGACAGGCGUCGGGGUCAAGGACCAAAUUCCCGCUGACGUAGCCAGUUGGCACAAAGGUCCCUCUCUGCUCGAAUUUCUUGAUGGCAUGGCCAAGAUUCAACGAAACCUGAACGCCCCUUUCAUGAUGCCUAUUGGGGCUAAGUAUCGGGACAUGGGUACAAUGGUCGAGGGACGUAUCGAGGCUGGAGUGAUCCAAAAAAUAUCCUCGUAUAUCAUGAUGCCAAAUAAGGAAGAUGUUGGCAUCUCUGCAUUGUACGGUGAAACGGAAGAAGAAAUUCCCCACGCUACUUGUGGUGAGCAAGUCCGUCUACGACUCCGUGGUAUCGAAGAAGAGGACAUCAUGCCAGGCUUCGUGCUAUGCUCACCCAAGCGUCUCGUCCACUGUGUACGCGAGUUUGAAGCACAGAUCAACAUUGUUGAACUCAAGUCUAUCCUCUCUGCCGGCUUCAACUGUGUGUUGCACGUUCAUGCCGCGACAGAAGAAGUCACCUUCGCAGCCUUGCUGCACAAGCUUGAACCGAGAACAGGACGGAAGAGCAAGAAACCUCCUCCGUUCGCCGCCAAAGGCCAAAAUAUCAUCGCGAGACUACAAGUGACGAGUGGUGGUGGUAAGAUCUGUGUUGAGCGAUUCGAAGACUAUCCUCAACUCGGUCGAUUCACUCUGCGAGAUCAGGGACAGACUAUUGCCGUGGGCAAAAUCACUCGACUGAUACUAGAUGACGACUAA